CAAGGAAACCAGCUGAGCCUCUCUUGUGCAAACACAGACACACAAACACUCACGCAUAAGCUCACCAAACAGGAAGACUGUACCUGUUUACUGUGAGUUGGCUGGGAACUGUCAGUGUUAUCAACAAACAAGACAAGAUUUGAACAACAUUAGGACUCUUGGAAGCACAUUGGAGAAGAGACAUCAGGAUUACAAAAGUGAAAAAUCAAACUCAAUCCUUUCUGGACCCAAUCAUCAAGUUACAGAAGAAAGAUUCAUGGCGGGCCACCUGCAACCUGUGUGAUACGAGUCCAAUAUCUGGGACGAUGCUUUCUAUCUAGACCCACAACACAAGACUGCAGCUAUCAACAAUGUUCACCCCAAGAAAAAGCAGCCUCCCGUCCCCCAGCUUGGAGGACUCCUUCUUUCCCCUAUCCUCUUCUUCCUCAGUCUCACUUUCCUUUGCUCUCCCCUCAUCCACAUCCUCUCCUGGCAGCAGUGACAGCGGAGGGAUAGAGACAGAUCUGAUACUAGCUGCAGAGCUGGGGCAGGCUUUACUGGAGAAGAAUGAGGAGCUGGCAGCCUCCCUGGAGCAGAGGGAGAGAGAGAUGGAGGCCUUACAGCAGGAGAAGCAUGUUCUGCACAGGAAGCUGGAGAUGAAUGAACUGGUGUCUGGACAGAGAGAGGCAGAGCUGACUGCAGAUUUAGCUGCUUUGAGGGCCAAUCUGGAGCGACAUCACAGCCAGGGGCGCGACCGGCGAAGGGACGAGAGUGAGCAGCUGACUCAGUUAGCCAAUCAUAACCAACGCCUGGUGGAGCAGCUAGCAGAGGCGGUUACAUUGGAGCACUCCUUAAGGAUCGAGCUUCGAUCCCUCAGAGAAGACAUGGAUGAAUCAUCGUUCAGCCGAAAUAUCAACUUCACACAAAUAGAGAACAUUCAAGCAGAGAACAAAGUUUUGCAGGAGCGGCUUUCGCACAUGGAUGCUCAACUAAAAGCUUCACAGGAGGUCAGCGGUAGACUCCGCAUGGAGAGAGAGCGACUGAGAGACAGACUGUCAGAAAUACAAACAAAACUGAAAGAGAAAGAGGCAGAGAUAGAGCAGGAGCAGGGAGUGAUGUUUGAGUUGCGCAGCGUCAAUCGCUCCCUGCAGCGAAACAGUCUGAAUCUUGGAGAAGACAGCUUUCUGGACAGUACACAAACAGAACCUUUAUCUCUGCAUAGUGAAAUUCAGCAAUCUCAGGCCAAAGAGGCUCUUCUGGCUCACUCCACAGUCCUGCAAGCAAGAGAUGAAGAGAUACAAGCGCUCAAAGAGGAGCUGCAAUCUCAAAGAGAUGAGUUGGAGUCUUUGAGGCAGGAAAUCCAACCAUUUAGAAGCAGCUCUGAAAAGCCUAGCUACAGUGUCCUGGAAAGUGAAUUGGCCAUGGUGCGUCAGGAAAAGGAAUCCCUAACGCAGCAGCUUCUCAACACCAUUAAACACAAGGUGGUGCUGUCUCAAGAGCUGGAGGCCUGGCAGGAGGACAUGCGGUUGGUGAUCAAUCAACAGGUGCUGCAAAGGGAGGAAGAGAGGCAGAGAGAAAAAGAGCGAGAGAAAGACAAUGCAGUGGGAUUACAAAGAAGCAAAUCGUUGAGAUUGAAGGGAGAAGCAGGGAAAGGAUUCUUCUCCUUUUUUAAAGAAAAAUAACAAAGACAGCUGGAAGCAGUUCAAACGGACCAGUGCAAGCCUUUAUCUUUUCGCCACUGAAGUUGGGUGUGUUAUCAGCACCAACAGGGAUAUGUUUACAAACCUCAUAUUUGAAUAUCUAUUUGUAUAUAUGUAUGUACAGUCAUUUCAGUGUUUAGGAUUUUAUAUUAAAUUGUAAAGCCACCAACAA